GCUCGUCCCAAAGCUGUUUUACAAGUGUGACCAAGGACAGGCUGACCCCGUGGUGGCCGUGGCGAGAGACCAGAGCAGCGUGUAUCUGACGCUCCUCAUGCACGAGACGCAGCCUCCGUCCCACUUCUCCGUCAGCACCGUAACCAGAAUUUAUAGAGGCUAUAACCUGCUACCAAGCAUCACAGAUGUCACUCUGGAAAAUAACCUCUCGAGAGUCAUUGCAGCCGUUUCUCAUGAACUGAUCACAUCGACCACGAGAGCGCUCACAUUUGGAUGCUGUGAAGCUCUGUGUCUACUUUCAACUGCCUUCCCAGUUUGCAUUUGGAGUUUAGGUUGGCACUGCGGAGUGCCCCCACUGAGCGCCUCAGACGAGUCCAGGAAGAGCUGCACCGUGGGGAUGGUCACGAUGAUCCUGACCCUGCUGUCCUCAGCCUGGUUCCCGCUGGAUCUCUCUGCCCACCAGGAUGCUCUGAUUUUAGCCGGGAACUUGCUGGCAGCCAGUGCCCCCAGGUCUCUGAGGAGUUCAUGGACCUCUGAAGACGAGGCCAGCACGGCAGCCACCAAACAGGAGGAGGUGUGGCCAGCCCUGGGUGACCGGACCCUGGUGCCCAUGGUGGAGCAGCUCUUCUCCCACCUGCUAAAGGUCAUCAACAUCUGCGCACACGUCCUGGACGAGGUGGCUCCCGGACCUGCAGUGAAGGUGACCCCCCCACCCCGGGCAGCUCUUCCCUGCAGCUCAGAUGGCUCCGUCCUCAGCUGCCUGUCUCUGAGCUUGCUGAGCCGGGCCAUCCAGUACAGUGCUCUGGAGGGACGGGACGUCCCUCUGGUGUGCCGGCUGCCGCGGACACCUCUGCUCGGGCAGUUCCUGGACAUCUGGUUCGGGCUGCCGCCGGACUCCGGUCUCCUCCCCAGCUGGUGCCUACGAGGCGCCACGGUGCAAGGUGACUCCUUAGACCGUGAAGUGGGCAAGCCGCGAGCCAGGGCGCCCACGCUGCUGCCUUCCACAGUGCAGGCCGGGACUCUGCGUUCUCACAGUGUAUCUUGUCUGUGUGAAGCCUCUCGACCACCUGAAACCUCAGGGCCUGUCGCCGCAAACAAGUCCUCGUCACUGGGGAGCUUCUGUCACCUGCCUUCUUACCUCAAACUGCACGACGUCCUGAAAGCCACUCACGCCAACUACAAGGUCACCUUGGAUCUUCAGAGCAGUAGUGAGAAGUUUGGGGGUUUUCUGCGCUCUGCCUUGGACGUUCUGUCUCAGAUUCUGGAGCUGGCGACGCUGCAGGACAUUGGGAAGUGUGUUGAAGAGAUCCUGGGAUACCUGAAGUCUUGCUUCAAUCGAGAGCCGAUGAUGGCGACCGUGUGUGUUCAGCAGUUGCUGAAGACUCUGUUCGGGACAAACCUGGCCUCCCAGUCUGACAGCCUGUCUUCCCACCCCAGCAAGUCGCAGGGCCGAGCGCAGCGCCUCGGCUCCUCCAGUGCACGCCCCGGCUUGUACCACUACUGCUUCAUGGCGCCCUACACCCACUUCACCCAGGCCUUGGCGGACGCCAGCCUGCGGAACGUGGUGCAGGCAGAGCAGGACCAGGACACCUCAGGGUGGUUUGACGUCCUCCAGAAAGUGUCAUCCCAGCUGAAGACAAACCUCACCAGCGUCACAAAGAACCGAGCAGACAAGAAUGCUAUUCAUAAUCACAUUCGCUUAUUCGAGCCUCUUGUUAUAAAAGCUUUAAAACAGUACACGACCACGACCUCCGUGCAGUUGCAGAAGCAGGUGUUGGACUUGCUGGCGCAGCUGGUUCAGCUCCGGGUCAACUACUGCCUUCUGGAUUCAGACCAGGUGUUUAUUGGAUUUGUGCUGAAGCAGUUUGAAUACAUUGAAGUUGGUCAGUUCAGGGAGUCAGAGGCAAUCAUCCCAAACAUCUUUUUCUUCCUGGUAUUACUGUCUUACGAGCGUUACCACUCAAAACAGAUCAUCGGCAUCCCUAAAAUCAUCCAGCUCUGUGACGGCAUCAUGGCCAGCGGGAGGAAGGCGGUGACGCACGCCAUACCCGCCCUGCAGCCCAUCGUCCAUGACCUCUUCGUUUUAAGAGGAACCAAUAAGGCUGAUGCAGGAAAAGAGCUGGAAACCCAGAAAGAGGUGGUGGUGUCCAUGUUACUGAGACUCAUCCAGUACCAUCAGGUGCUGGAGAUGUUCACGCUGGUCCUGAGGCAGUGCCACAAGGAGAGCGAGGACAAGUGGAAGCGGCUGUCUCGGCAGGUGGCCGACGUCAUUCUCCCGAUGCUAGCCAAGCAGCAGAUGCACAUUGAUUCUCAUGAAGCCCUUGGAGUGCUGAACACGCUGUUUGAGAUUUUGGCCCCCUCCUCCCUCCGCCCCGUGGACAUGCUUUUACGGAGUAUGUUCGUCACCCCAGACACCCUGGGGUCGGUGAGCGCUGUCCAGCUGUGGGUGUCGGGCAUCCUGGCCAUCUUGCGGGUGCUGAUUUCCCAGUCGACCGAAGACAUUGUUCUGUCCCGCAUCCAGGAGCUCUCCUUCUCUCCGCACUUAGUGUCCUGUCCGACAAUCAGUAGGUUAAGAGACGGGGACAGCACUUCAGCACUGGAGGAACACAGUGAAGGGAGACAAACGAAGAAUUUGCCAGAAGAAACGUUUGCCAGGUUUCUGCUGCAGCUGGUCGGCAUCCUUCUAGAGGACAUUGUCACAAAGCAGCUGAGAGUGGAGAUGAGCGAACAGCAGCACACUUUCUAUUGCCAAGAGCUGGGCACGCUGCUCAUGUGUCUGAUCCACAUCUUCAAGUCCGGGACGUUCCGGAGGAUCACCGCGGCGGCCUCGAGGCUGCUGACGGACAGCACGGACGGCGGCUUCUACAGCCUGGAGAGCCUGAACGCGCGGGUGCGCUCCAUGGUCCCCACGCACCCGGCACUGGUGCUGCUCUGGUGUCAGGUCCUGCUGCUCGUCAGCCACACCGACUACGGCUGGUGGGCGGAGCUGCAGCAGACCCCCAGACGACGCAGCUUGUCCAGCACGAAGUCGCUGAGUCCAGAGAUGUCUGGAGAGGACGAGGAUCCCGACAUGGCUUCCAAGCUGGGGAUGUGCAAUAGAGAAAUUGUGCGAAGAGGCGCCCUCAUUCUCUUCUGUGACUAUGUCUGCCAGAACCUGCAUGAUUCAGAGCACUUAACGUGGCUCAUCGUGAACCACAUUCAAGACCUGAUCAGCCUGUCGCACGAGCCUCCUGUUCAGGACUUCAUCAGCGCCAUCCAUCGGAAUUCCGCCGCGAGUGGCCUUUUCAUCCAGGCAAUUCAGUCUCGCUGUGAAAACCUUGCAGCUCCCACCAUGCUGAAGAGAACUCUCCAGUGCCUGGAAGGGAUCCACCUGAGCCAGUCGGGCGCCGUGCUGACGCUGUACGUGGACAAGCUUUUGUGCACGCCGUUCCGUGUGCUGGCUCGCAUGGUCGACACCCUUGCUUGCCGCCGGGUGGAAAUGCUUUUGGCUGCGAAUUUACAGAGCAGCACGGCCCAGCUGCCGGUGGAGGAGCUGAUCCGGAUCCAGGAGCACCUGCAGAGCAGCGGAUUAGCACAGAGGCACCAGAGGCUCUACUCCCUGCUGGACAGGCUUCGUCUCGCCACCGCACCGGGCUCGCGUGGCCCCAUGCCCCCGGUCACAUCCCACCCCCUGGACGGGGACGGGCCCCUGGCACUGGAGGCAGUGAAUCCUGACAAAGACUGGUACGUGCGGCUGGUGAAGUCCCAGUGCUGGACUCGGUCAGACUCUGCCCUGCUGGAAGGCGCAGAGCUGGUGAGCCGGAUCCCCGCGGGUGACCUGGGCGCCUUCAUGAUGCACUCGGAGUUCAACCUGAGCCUGUUGGCUCCGUGCCUGGGCCUGGGCCUUCGUGAGAUCUCAGGGGGCCAGCGGAGCCCGCUCUUUGAAGCAGCUCGCACGGCGACUCUGGACCGUGUGCGCGUUGUGGUCCAGCAGCUCCCCACUGUGCACCAAGCUUUCCAGCCGUUCCUUCCUGUGCAGCCCACCGCCUACUGGAGCAAGCUGGGUGAGCUCUUUGGGGAUGCUGCGCUGUAUCGGACUCUGACCACCCUGGCCCGGGCCCUGGGCCAGUACCUGCUGGUGUUCCCCAGGCUGCCCAGCCAUUUGCACCUUCCUCCUGAGAAGGAGAGGGACACUGUGAAGUUUGUGGUCACGACUCUCGAGGCGCUGUCGUGGCACCUGAUCCACGCGCGGGUUCCGCUGAGCCUGGACCUGCAGGCAGGCCUGGACUGCUGCUGCCUGGCCCUGCAGCUGCCUGGCCUCUGGAGCCUGCUGGCCGCGCCCGACAUGGUGACCCACGCCUGCUCCCUCAUCCACUGUGUGCGGUUCAUCCUGGAGGCCAUUGUGGUGCAGCCUGGGGACCAGCUUCUUAGUCCAGAAAGAAGGAUGAGCACCCCCAAGGCUGCCAGGGAGGACGACAUGGAUUCAGACACACAGAACCCUCAGUACAUCGCUGCAGCCUGUGGGAUGGUGGCUGAGAUGGUGGAGUGCCUGCCGUCCGUGUUGGCCUUGGGCCACAAGAGGAACAGCCACACACCUGCGUUCCUCACCCCGGUGCUCAGGAACAUCAUCAUCAGCUUGGCCCGCUUGCCCCUCGUCAACAGCUACACACGCGUCCCGCCCCUGGUGUGGAAACUCGGAUGGUCACCUAAACCCGGAGGGGAUUUUGGCACAGUGUUCCCUGAGAUCCCCGUGGAGUUCCUCCAGGAGAAGGAGGUCUUCAAAGAGUUCAUCUACCGCAUCAACACACUGGGGUGGACCAGCCGCACCCAGUUUGAGGAGACGUGGGCCACCCUCCUCGGCGUUCUGGUGACUCAGCCACUCGUGAUGGAGCAGGAGGAGAGCCCCCCGGAAGAGGACACGGAGAGGACGCAGAUCCACGUCCUAGCCGUGCAGGCCAUCACCUCCCUGGUGCUGAGUGCAAUGACCGUGCCUGUGGCCGGCAACCCGGCCGUGAGCUGCCUGGAGCAGCAGCCCCGGAACAAGCCCCUGAAAGCCCUUGACACCAGGUUUGGGAGGAAGCUGAGUGUCAUCAGAGGGAUUGUCGAGCAAGAGAUCCAGGCGAUGGUUUCCAGGAGAGAGAACGCUGCCACUCACCACCUGUACCAGGCGUGGGACCCUGUCCCGUCUCUGGCCCCGGCCACCACAGGUGCUCUCAUCAGCCAUGACAAGCUCCUGCUGCAGCUCAACCCCGAGCGUGAGCUGGGGGACAUGAGCUACAAGCUUGGCCAGGUGUCCAUCCACUCGGUGUGGCUGGGGAACAGCAUCACGCCGCUGCGAGAGGAGGAGUGGGACGAGGAGGAGGAGGAGGGGGCUGAGGCCCCGGCGCCGCCGUCCCCGCCCACGUCUCCCGUCAGCUCCAGGAAACACCGGGCUGGAGUAGACAUCCACUCCUGUUCGCAGUUUUUGCUUGAGUUGUACAGUCGCUGGAUCCUGCCGUCGAGUUCCGCCAGGAGGACCCCCGUCAUCCUGAUCAGCGAGGUGGUGCGCUCGCUCCUCGUAGUCUCGGACUUGUUCACGGAGCGCAACCAGUUUGAGAUGAUGUACCUGACGCUGACGGAGCUGCGGAAGGUGCACCCCCAGGAAGACGAGAUCCUUCUCCAGUACCUGGUGCCCGCCACCUGCAAGGCGGCCGCCGUCCUCGGGAUGGACAAGGCCGUGGCGGAACCGGUGAGCCGGCUGCUGGAGAGCGCGCUGAGGAGCAGCCACCUGCCCAGCGCGCUGGGCGCCCUGCACGGCGUCCUGUACGUGCUGGAGUGUGACCUCCUGGACGACACCGCCAAGCAGCUCGUCCCCGUCGUCAGCGACUACCUCCUCUCCCAGCUCCAGGGCAGAGCCCACUGCGUGAACGUGCACAGCCAGCAGCACGUGCUGGUGAUGUGCGCCACAGCCUUCUACCUGAUCGAGAACUACCCGCUGGAUGUGGGACCCGAGUUCUCAGCCUCCAUCAUACAGCUGUGUGGGGUGAUGCUGUCCGGAAGUGAGGAGGCCACCCCGUCCGUCGUCUACCACUGCGUCCUGAGGGGCCUGGAGCGCCUCCUGCUGUCUGAGCAGCUGUCCCGCCUGGACGCGGAGUCCCUGGUCAAGCUGAGCGUGGACCGGGUGAAUGUGCACAGCCCGCACCGCGCCAUGGCGGCCCUGGGCCUCAUGCUCACCUGCAUGUACACAGGAAAGGAGAAAGUCAGUCCGGGCCGAACGUCCGAGCCCAGCCCCGCUGCCCCUGACAGCGAGUCCGUGAUUGUGGCGAUGGAGCGCGUGUCCGUCCUCUUUGACAGGAUCCGGAAGGGGUUCCCCUGCGAAGCCCGCGUGGUGGCGCGUGUCCUCCCCCAGUUCCUCGACGACUUCUUCCCACCCCAGGACGUCAUGAACAAGGUCAUUGGCGAGUUCCUAUCCAGCCAGCAGCCAUACCCGCAGUUCAUGGCCACUGUCGUGUACCAGGUGUUCCAGACGCUGCACAGCGCGGGGCAGUCGUCCAUGGUGCGCGACUGGGUCAUGCUGUCCCUGUCCAACUUCACACAGCGGAGCCCGGUUGCCAUGGCCAUGUGGAGUCUCUCCUGCUUCUUCGUCAGCGCGUCCACCAGCCCGUGGGUCUCAGCGAUCCUCCCACACGUCGUGAGCCGGAUGGGCAAGCUGGAGCAGGUGGACGUGAGCCUCUUCUGCCUGGUGGCCGCGGACUUCUACCGACACCAGAUAGAGGAGGAGCUUGACCGCAGGGCCUUCCAGUCCGUGUUCGAGGUGGUUGCUGCACCCGGAAACCCAUACCACCGCCUGUUGGCGUGUCUGCGGAGUGUCCACAAGGCCGCCGCGUGCUGAGCGCCCACGCGGCUGGCGACGAGGUGGUCUCUGGACCGCAGGACCUGGCCUGUGCCAGGCAGCAGGCGGCACGGGCUUC